UGUGUGUGUGCGUGUGUGCACGUGUGGGGGCGUGUGUGUGUCCACGUGCGUGUGUGUGCGUGUGUGCAUGUGUGUGCGCGUGUGUGCGUGUGUGUGUGCGCACGUGUGUGUCUGUGCGUGUCUGUGCACAUGUGUGUCGUGUGCGUGUGUGUG